AUGCCACCGAUCACUGGGGAAGCACACCUCAAGACGACCACGAGAUACCAGCACGCACUCACCGGGACGGCUGCUCUGGAACCAAUGGAAAAUAAAGGUGCCGGCACGGGUGUGGGGGAUGGGAGCCUCGUGUGCUGUUUUCGGGAGCGUGAGACGCUGCAGGCAUCGUGGGAGGGUCUGGGGCUUCCCGAGAAGCGGGAUUACCGUGUGACCCAGCAGCUCCGCUUUGGGGCGGUCAGGGAGGACCUCUUCGGGCCACUGGGUCCCCCUGGGUCCUCAGCCGCUGGCCCCAAGACCACGGGUGCCCGCAGCCACAGCGCAGUGGCCGGCCUCCCUGACUCGCCCAGCACAGCCAGCAUACACCUGCCCUCUCUUGUAGAGCCUUGCAGCCUGGUGACCCGGCCCCCAGACCCAAGUCUCUCCAAGGCCCUGAGGUCGCCUCCACCCUGGCCUCCCUGCUCCUGGCAGCCACCCUCCCCUCUGGUGAGCAAAGAGGCUCAGAGCUGCCGGGGCCAGGCUGGGCCCCUGAUGGAGGGGGCCGACUCUUCCAUGACACUGGACACCAGGUCUGCGUCCGGAUGUGAUGUGGAAGACGGGGCGUCCUUCCUGCUGAGCGCCAGUCCCGACUGGUGGCUGGGGUCUCUGGAGGGCAGAGGCGCCAGCGUCCCUUCUCGGAGCAUGGCCAGGAGCAGCCUGCUGGACAGGGCAGAGCCCAGCUUCCUGACAGACAUCGGGCCCGGCUCCCAGGAGCUCCCAGACGGCCCCCUGGAACCCUGGGGCUCGGACGCCGGCUGCCCCAGCCUGGCCCUGCGGGAUGAGGUGGACAGCAUCUUCCCCGACUUCUUUCCCUGCUAG